AUGGCCUCCCGAAGCUCAGUCCGUCUCCUCCAGACGCUCCGGCCGACUGCGCCCAGCCGCGCCGCCGCCGCCGUUCGGGCGUUCCGCGUCUACUCCUCCGACGCCGCUCCGGCCCAGCCCCAACUUCUGGCUACCCUCAAGACCGACCUCAAGACGGCCAUGCGCGCAAAGGACGCGCCCCGCCUCUCCGUCCUCCGCUCCGUCCUCUCCGCCACCAACAACGCAGCCAAGACGAACUCCCCAAUCGCCACCGACGCCCAGCUCGUCGCCCUCCUGCGCAAGACCCAGCGCGCCACCCAGGACGCCGCCGCUCAGUUCCGCGCCGCUGGCCGCGACGACCUCGCCGAUAAGGAGGACCUCCAAGCCAAGGUCAUGGCCGAAUACAUUGCCACCAGCGGCGUCGUCACCGUCACCGAGGCCGACGUUCGCGUGCUCGUCCAGAAGGCCAUUGACGACGCCACCGCCGCGGGCAAGAGCGGGCUGGGCGAGGUCAUGAAGCUCAUCAACGCCGCCAUCCAGGGCAAGGACCUCGAGGUCGACAAGAAGCGUGUUGCGGACCUGGUCAAGGAGGCCCUCAAGAAGGAAUAA